AUGACUUCCGCUCAGAAUUACUAUGUUGAUACCCAUAGAUUUUCUCACUUUUUUACAGAUAUUGGCAGCAAUCUGCAGAUAGACUUGGCUUUUUGUCUCGAUGGGUCUCAAGUAGUAACACAAGACAACUUCACUCACUUCCUGUCCUUCAUUAAGGCGAUAACCGCAUCACUAAACGUGUCUGAAAACGGAACUCACGUUGCUGUGGCCUUGUAUGGAAACACGCCAAAACUAGUGAUUGAUUUCGACGAUCAUUUCAACCAAUCAUCUUUGGAGAACGCUGUGGAUGCCAUUAUUUACCCUGGUAGUAGGUUGAGUAAGAUGGGUGCAGGUCUUUCGCUUGUUACUACUGGCUUGUUUAACUCAAAUGCGGCCCGGCCUAAUGCCACAAGAGUUUUAGUGGUCCUUACGGCUUCUAAGUCACAGGAUGACAUCGAGGUCCCUUCUCAUGGCUUACUUACUAACAGCAAAGUUAACAUAUAUAUCAUCGGAGUAGGAACUGAGUACAGCUUGGGUCAGUUGUGGGAGAUAUCUUCAGAUCCUGACAGUAGCUUUGUGGUGACUUAUAUCGCUGGGGAGAAUCUCGCGCUUAAAACGAGUUCCUUCAAAAAAACACUAGCAAUAGGACUUGAUCCUUGCUCCAGUAAUCCUUGUAGAAACGGCUCAUGUUCUCAAUCUGAAGAAGGGUACACAUGUAACUGUACAGCUGGCUUCUCAGGAAGGAAUUGUGACAAAGAAAAUGACCUUUGCAAUCCUAAUCCGUGUCAAAAUAGAGGGACAUGUCAAGUUCUGCCACUGAACGCAUAUUAUUGCACCUGUCCCAUGGGCUGGACUGGGACCAACUGUGAUCAAGACAUUCAGGAAUGUUCCAGAACAGUUGACGUUUGCAAGCAUGGAGUGUGUCAAGAAAGAAUGGGUGACUACCGUUGUAAGUGCUUCUCAGGAUUUGCAGGAAAAAACUGCGAUAAAACAUGUAGUGAAAAGGAGAUCGACCUUGCCGUCAUGAUUGAAGGUUCCUCCAGCCUUAAUCAAUGGGGAGAGAAUAACUUCGAAAAGAUCGUGAACGCUGUGGAAAAUUUGACCAAGUACUUCAACGACUCACAGUCAAACAUCGGAAUUGUUCUCUAUGCGACGGAGGCAGAACUGAAAGCCAAUUUUUCCUUUAGCCCAAGUCAAACAAACGACGUUUUGGAUAAUUUAGUUUAUCCCUCAGGCUGGACACGCAUAGGGAAAGGAUUAAAUUUCACCAGAGAGGAACUGUUUGUCAACAGUCGAGCAACUGCGCAUCGUGUCCUUGUGGUUAUAACCGAUGGAACGUCAAUCGAGAGUGUCUUAGUUCCAUCUGAUCUACUCCGUGAGAUGAACGUAACAAUAUUAGCAGUGGCCUUGGGAGAUUGGUAUGAUGUAAAGCAGAUCAAUGACAUCGCCAGCGAUCCUGAUUCAAAAACCACGCUUCUGACCACAUAUGACGAACUUGGUAGUCUUACUUGGCGACUCCGUGAGAUGAUCUGUGAAGCUGUGGAUCAUUGCUUCAGCAAUCCUUGCAGAAAUAACAGACCGUGUAUUAAUAUGCUGGAAGGUUACCAGUGUGACUGCGGUGCAAAUUUUACAGGACAAAAUUGUGAAUUUGUCGUCGACCAAUGCAGCAUUAGCAACCCAUGCACUGGAGGAGAAAUCUGCUUAAGUGGAGUUGGAUCACGUGACUGCGUUUGUCCUGAGGAUCGCUUUGGAGAAAACUGUACUAAAGGUGAGAUAUCAGACCCACAUGUAAUAGAUCGUGUAUGGAGGUAAAUACAUGAAACGCCGUUGAUUUGCACGAAUCAUCUUUCAGAGAACUCAAUUUAGUCAGACUGAUUACCAGUUCAUAUUUGCUUCGUGACUGUUAAAGGAGCUUAGUCACGGCAUUUGUGAGUUAUAUU